GCCUACUUAUCCAACCUCCUUCUUCUCAUCUUUUCGAUCUCUGUGAUUUGGUGUUUGUAUUCUACACAUUAUCAUGGCUGACCGUUAUUCCUUCUCCCUGACCACUUUCUCCCCCAGCGGAAAGCUGGUGCAGAUUGAAUAUGCUUUAAAUGCUGUCAACCAGGGUGUUACAGCCCUCGGCAUCAAAGCCACCAAUGGCAUCGUCCUUGCAACUGAGAAGAAGUCCUCAUCGCCACUUAUUGAUCCCCCUCUCUCUCGAAGAUCUCCCUCGUCACCCCCGACAUCGGUAUGGUUUACGCCGGCAUGGGUCCCGAUUACCGCCCGCAAAGUGUCACACACUGGCUACAAGCGCAUCUAUAACGAAUACCCACCGACUCGGAUUCUGGUGCAGGACGUCGCCCGGGUGGUGCAGGAGGCCACGCAGUCUGGAGGUGUUCGGCCGUACGGUGUCAGUCUGUUGAUUGCUGGCUGGGAUGAGGGUGUUGAGCCCCAGUCCGAAGAGGCUACAACUGAGGAGAAGCCCACCACCAAGACCGGCGGGAUCCUUAAGGGGGGUCCCAGCCUGUACCAGGUGGACCCCAGUGGUAGCUACUACCCAUGGAAGGCGACGGCCAUCGGCAAGCACGCGACAAGUGCUAAGACUUUCCUUGAGAAGCGAUACACUGAGGGCUUGGAGCUGGAGGAUGCCAUCCACAUUGCGCUGUUGACACUCAAGGAGACCAUUGAGGGCGAGAUGAACGGAGACACAAUAGAAAUCGGUAUUGUUGGCCCGCCAGCAGACCACCUGCUGGGCUACGAAGGUGUGGAGGGAGCCCAGGGCCCACGGUUCAGGACAUUGACCAAGGAGCAGAUCGAGGAUUACCUGACCAACCUAUGA